AUGAAGGAAAGAUUGAAUGGUUUAGGAGAUGUUUUUACUAAUAUAUCUUCUGUGGUGAAUGUACUUCCCUACUAUUCGUACCCAGAUAUUAUCCAUAACCUGAUGAUGCAGUUCAGCAAGAGAUCAAGAGGUCUUUGGAAAAAAGAUAUUUAUAAAUGGAGUAGAUUGUUCUCAGAAUACAAAGAUUGAAUGAGUCUGAUGUCCCCUUUAGACCUUGUUCCGAUCGCUGAAUUUUCUCCAGAAAUGUUCCUGAAAUUCCAACUUCGAGUAGCUCUUCAUAGCAAAGAUUUAGAUGUACUAACAAAGUUUAUAAAUGAAAACCCUCCUAUUGAAUUUAAGAGAAUAGAACUGAAUAUCAGGCGUUGUUCAAGAGCCUCAAACUUUACCGACCAAAAUGAUCCCAGAAGCCCCUGAGUUUAUUCUCCUGCAAAGCCUAAUGGAGUUGAAUCCUUAAUGAACAAGAUUAAACUUCUAUGAGAGACUAUCAAUAAGAGCUAUGAAAAGCUUGGAUUGAACAGACUAAAUAUAAAAUAUCACGAAGACUCUCAAGAAGAUUUGUAUAAAAUCUAUUCAAUGCCUUCACUGUUUGAAAUUGAACAGAAAAGUAUCCUAAUGGAGAAUGUUUACGUCUUGGAUUCUAAAAUCAAAGUUUUAAUCAAAGGGCCACUCCCAGAGACCUCGAACACAGAGAUCGAAAUUAUGAAUCCUGAAAACCACAUGGUUUACACUAAAGAGUGACUGAAGGAUUGAUGACGUAUUAGCUCAACUAAAACAUUGUUUCCUUAUGAGCACAGCCAAGAGAUGGACAUCUCAUGCUGGAGAGAUGUCAAAGUAUCAGAAAUAUUGAAGUAUGAUCUCUUUCAGCCAGGAAAAGCUUUAAAAGCGAACUUUAAAAGAAUAUGAUUCUCUUUCAGAGAUGUUGGAUCAAUUCUUAAAUGGAAUCCAUGAAUAGACAAAAUCAAGAACCUAAACAUCUCCUGCAACAUCAAAUACGAGCAAUUCCUCGACUACCCCGAGAAGUACUUUCUAAUCGUCCUCGAAAAAGGACUUUUCACCGUUACCCACAACACCAAAACCCUCACUUACCACCUGAAGACCCUUGCUAUAAAAACGCCAGUUUGCCCACUCUCUUCCAGCCCAGGCUGCUUCCAGAUCUGCUCUAACUUUGAAACUUUUGGGAGGCUUAUUAGGAUACAGAAAGGAGGAGUGGGUAGGAAGGGAGGGGAGAUUGGAGGGAAGAAGGGAGUAUUGGAGUUUAGAGUGGAGGAUGUCAGCGCUGUAAUAUAUUCGGGUCGUAUUUUUGAAAAUUCAACAGAACAGCAAGAUGAUCCUCAAAUAUCUUUUCUAGAGAAGAGAGCAAAAUGUAAAAUUCCUUUCCAAUUUGGGAUGCUUUCACUCAAUUUCAAACCAAACCCAGAAGAGACCCCUCAAAAUAUGGAAAUAUUCAAGUUCAUUGAAGAAAACAUUGAAAGAAUCAAUUUAAAUAAACUAAGAUUAUUUUGAAAUUAUUAUGUCGACGAUCUCAUUGAAAUAACCCAAAAUAUCCUAUCCAAAGCAAGGAACCUCCAGACAGUGACUAUUUCCAUCGGCACAGACUGCGAACAACACCGCAAAGACAUAAUCUCCAGACUUCUUACCAGCAUGAAGUCUUCCCCCAAAGUCCAAAGCUUAAGUCUGAAAUUCACUGGGGCCAAGAAGGCUAGCGACAAGAAGUGGAACAGACUCUGGCUGCCCAGAGCCAGAGUCUUCUCCUACACGUCUGUGUAGGAAAUAAUUUU